AGUUUGCAGCCAAUUGAGAAGCCGAAAUUUCGCAUAAACCCUAAAUGUCUGCAACUUUUGCCAUUUCUCAAAGCUUCAUGGCUCUUUUCCUUUAGACCCUAAUUCUCCAGAAACCCUAACCCGGAAACCUGAUUUCCCUUCUCUGCAGCUUACAAACCAUACCAAGAAACCCAAAUGUUCUUCAGGCCAUCAAUCCCAAAGCUCUCCUCUAUCUUCAGAACUCGCCAUUUCUCAAAGCUCAAAGACUAUUCCUUCGAGCCUCCCCCCUCUCUAAACCCUAAAAACCAGAACUCCGUCUUCAGAAACCCUAAACCCAAACCUUUGUAUAAACCACCCUCGUCUCUGGAUCGAACGGGCCUUAAACCUGUUCGCUCUGAUCUUCCUUUUGAUAUCAAGUUUAGCUAUACAGAGAGCAACUCAUUGGUGAAGGCAAUAGGGCUAAGAGAGCCAAAGUACUCGCCAUUUGGACCGGCAAGGUUAGACAGAGAAUGGACGGGGACUUGUGCACCGGCGAUCAAGCCCACUGUGAAGUCCGUGGAGCCUGGGUGCUUGGACGCCAUGGCUAAGGCUCAGGCUGAGUUGGAGAAGAAGGCGAGGAAGAGUAGAGAGAAGAUACUUGGAGAGCCGCUCACUCCUGUAGAGAGAACGUCUUUGAUUGAGAAGCAUCAGAGGAACAAGUGCAAGCAGCAGGUAAACUUAGGAAGAGAUGGUCUGACCCAUAACAUGCUGAAUGAUAUUCACAAUCACUGGAAGCAUGCUGAGGCUGUUCGGAUAAAAUGUCUUGGUGUUCCUACCAUUGAUAUGAAAAAUGUCUGCACUCAGCUUGAGGAAAAAACAGGUGGUCUGAUCAUCCAUAGACACGGUGGUGUCAUCAUCUUAUACAGAGGCAGAAACUAUAUCCCCAAGAAAAGACCUGUUAUUCCAUUAAUGCUAUGGAAACCUCAUGAGCCAGUAUAUCCGAGGUUGAUCAAGACAACAAUUGAGGGCUUGUCCAUUGAAGAAACAAAGGAAAUGAGGAAGAGGGGCCUCGCCGCUCCCGUUUUAACAAAGCUUGCCAAAAAUGGGGUCUAUUGCCAUCUUGUGUCCAUGGUCCGCGAUGCAUUCCUAACUGAUGAGCUGGUCCGUAUUGAUUGCCAGGGCCUGGGAAGGAGUGACUAUAAAAAGAUAGGCGUCAAGCUGAGGGAUCUGGUUCCUUGUAUUCUUGUGACAUUUGAGAAGGAGCAGAUUGUGGUUUGGAGAGGAAAGGACUAUAAGCCUUCUAGCCAGGAGUUUGAGGACAGCCAGAGUGAGUCUGAGCUAGUUUUGCCUGACCUUGAAACGUAUGUGAGAAUCAAAUGUAAGAAAAAUGAUUUUGAGAGAAGAUUGCCCUGGCAAAUUUGCACCAAUACACAUUCAGGUUCUGAACAGUGAGGUGUUAGUGUAUAGAAUGGAACAGCACUUGGGUCAAUGCCAUUACGAAAGAUGGGCAAAUUCGUUGUUUGCAACUAAA